GACAGCAGCGAGAGCAAAGGUCUGUGUAAAACUGUGUGAAAGGGAAGCACCGCCUACGGAGUGCUGACGUAUGUCCUCAAGAUCACAGCACUGGCAGCCAAUAACAGGGGGAAUCUGGAAUCGUCUUGCGGCGUCACCUCCUCCGUAUACGUCUUGUGUUUGUAAACACCCCCGUGUUGCACCCGGCCUUGAGAUGUCCCAAAGACGAGCGUGUAGUAGCCGGCUCGGCUCCGGCUCGGCAGCAGGUGGAGUGGCAGCAUCACUGGCUCGACCGGUGCCCUCUACGGACGGGCUGCGCUCUCUGGGGGGUCACCCUGUGGAAGUGAUUCGAGACAUCGCUCCUGUGGAGCCUGCCAAGAAGAAGGUGGCUUGUGGCUGCGUCAUGAGCGCGCUGCCCUAUUACUGUAGCGGGGAAGUGGUGAAAGGGUUCGGCAGAGGGUCCAAGGAGCUGGGGAUCCCCACAGCUAAUUUCCCUGAGCAUGUUGUGGAGAAUCUUCCUGCUGACUUGAAUACUGGAAUCUACUAUGGAUGGGGCUGUGUUGGUGAUGGGGAGAUCUACAAAAUGGUGAUGAGUAUUGGCUGGAAUCCAUUCUACAAGAAUACUAAAAAAUCUGUGGAAACUCAUAUAAUUCAUCAAUUUGAUGACGACUUCUAUGGUGAAAUACUUAGCAUAGUUAUUGUAGGCUACAUCAGGCCAGAAAAAAGUUUUACCUCUUUAGAUGCCCUUAUUACCGCAAUUCACAGUGAUAUUGAAGAAGCCACAAAACAGCUGGACCUGCCGGAAUUCAGGAAGCUGAAAGAAAAAUACUUCAACAAUUCUCAUAAAAUAAUGAACGGCCAUUGAUGCUGGCCACUCAUUAUCAAUGUAUAUUGAACAUUAUUAUUGU